UAAAUUUUCCGCGUUUCGGUACUGGAAGAAUCGUGUUCUCUUACACACAAGUUGAUAUUAAUAUCUGAACAAGUACUGAAUAAGACUGCAGUGUACUUUUCUACGAAGAACGUGUAUUCACAACUCGAAAUAACAAGAAAGAAACCAUCCGACCUCCACGCCACGCUACCGCCAUUCCAUGCUCUUCUCAUCGUAAUGAAAAAUUAUACAAAGGCACUUCGGAAACAAACUGAUGGAGAGAAAUUGAAGACGAACGACCGAAGGGCGUCUGGUUUGAUGGCCUAUCCAAGGAUUGGUCGGUCCGAUCAGCCGGUCUCAAACGUUAAUUAUAAUCGGCAUCGUGAAAUGGAACCGGAUACGGAAAUGCAGUUUUACAACACACACGAUUCGGAUUUGGAUUCUGCCUCGGAAAAGGAUUACGAAGAUUCACGCAACGUCAUCUCGGUAUUCAACGGAAGAUCGAUGAAUCCGAAGCACUCUGAUAAAAUUCCAAAAGACUCGUCAUGGUUGAUCACCAAGGAGUAUCGGCCCUGGCAGAAGAUCGACGACGGUAGAUCCCAUCACUCCAACUCUUUACUUCUGGCUCGAGGGUUUAGGAACAGCCAGAUGAAUGGAUACACGCCGAGACUAGGACGUGAAAGCGACGCGGAUCGAACAUUCUGCAAAUGAUCUCGAAACGUGAACUUCGACCCCGGCCGGAAGUUGCACGAUCUAAUUUAAUAAUCUAUCCUUAACUCGUGCCACUAAGUUUCGACAUUGUUUCAUCCCUUGCCUUACUCAAACUUUACCAUAACUUAAGAUAAAAAGAAAAGUGAAACCAUAUUUGAAGAAUGAAGUGUUGAAUAUUCAUGACAAUAAAGCUUUGAAAUUCAAUUUUGAAUAAU